CACCGCCUCGACGAUUACAUCAGAAGCCGCGAGUUCACUGCUCGUGGUGGCACUUCCAGUGUUCCCGCAGUCAAGUCGCCCGCGUGAUGCCCAGGCCUCCGCCCAGCGAGAUGGGAAGCUCGGAACAGGCAGGGUAGCUAGCCGUCCAUGGAAAUGGCCCUGGCCGUCACCCGUUCCAGCGGAGACGAGGGAAAGGCAGUGCUGGCGCGGAGACGCUUCCAGAUUAUUCGUAUCCAGGGAACAACCUUUCCCUCCUUUGUCACGUUGACUUACGUGCAGUACCCGAGCAGACAGAUGGCAGAGUCGAGAGAACAGCAGACUUUUGAGUUAAAGAGAGAGGGAGAGGGGGAUCCACUGCGUUCAUGACUUUCUUGCUCUUCCACUUUUCCCGGGUUCCCCAGGCACCGGACGAAGGGUACGUACCCGCACCGCCCAGCCUCUGACUUGGUCGAAACACCCGUCAUGAUUGGCCCACAUGGUCAUGGGUCGCUGCUGGAUCCACCUCUCUCUGUGUCCUGCGCCAGACUGCCCUCCUUGCGUUGCCUGUCCGUCCAAAGGUAAUCCCAGCAGUGGCCGUGCUGAUGUGGGCGUUGCUUUGCGUUACGUUGCCUUGGGCGUCCUACCCGUAUUAUUGCUUGCCGCGGUGCACCAGUAGUCCUUUGAGGUCCGGUGCUGGUUUGUUCCAGUGGCUGGGUCGUUCCCAGCUCGACUAAAAUUAGUGGCCCAGCAUCCCCCAAAGUGGCCCUGGUUGUCCCCUUCUGACCGUCCCUCUCCCUCUCUGUCCGUCCUCACCCCCCCAAUCAUCCCCCCCGAAUCCCACAAUAGGACACCGCCGCAGUACCAUCCCCCCAAAUCCUCAGACGGACACCUUGUUUCGACUGGGCGCUCGCCUCUUUUCCAAGACGUCUCAUCACCUGAACCAGAACUUAACCACCUCAUCAACCCUCCUACGCCCGCCAACCACCUUUUCUCCUCUUUCCCAACCACACAUCACUCUCCGGACAUUUAUCAACAACCGCGACCGAUCUCCAUCGAACAAACUCCAAACCGUCGCCCAAGUCAAAAAAACUUGCAUCUCGGUCGUCCGAAACAACGCUUUAAUCCACCAGCUGCAGCUUCGAGCUCCGUCAGCGACUUCUCUCUCUUACCCUCACCUGUUCCGUAACCACAGCGACAAUGCCCGAGGACGCCCCCUACGACCCUUACAUCCCCAGCGGCCAGGCCGCGCCGCAACAGCAAGGAGGAGCUGGCGGCAAUGCGAGGACCCAGGCCCUGCAAGCUCAAAUCGACGACACCGUUGGCGUGAUGCGGGAGAACAUCAACAAGGUCUCCCAACGAGGCGAGCGUCUCGAUGCUCUGCAAGAUAAGACCGACAACCUGGCUGUCUCGGCUCAGGGCUUCCGCCGGGGCGCCAACCGUGUCCGCAAGCAGAUGUGGUGGAAGGAUGUCAAGAUGCGCAUGUGUCUGAUUGCUGGCAUCAUCAUUCUCAUCCUCAUCAUCGUCAUUCCCGCCGUCGUCGCAACGCGCUAGCUUGGCUGGCCAGUUGUUGCUACCCGCAAAUAACUAGAUACCACACUUUUUGCAUUACACUAGCCCCUUGGGUUCAUGGUUCGCCCUCACGAUAUGGAAUGGAUUGUCAGAUAUCUCGCAGGCUUCGAGCAACCGUGGAAGACGAGGGGAUGAGGUGGCACCCCCCGACCAGGGGCGACCUCUACGGGUUAAUGACUUGGGAAGCGCGGAGGUUCGAAACGGACUCGGAUCUACUUUCGAUGGUCUGCAGGCAAAGGCCUCGUUGCCGACUGCGGGACUCGCUCCGACGCAGUCGGUCGCUCAGCUCGGCUGUAGAUCGACCGCAUGUAUGUAUGAGGGAUGGCAGGCGUUUGCGUAAUUUGAAUUCUACUGGCCCUGAUUCCACAAC